GAGAUGUCUGGGCGCGGCAAGGGCGGCAAGGGGCUGGGCAAGGGCGGCGCCAAGCGCCACCGGAAGGUGCUGCGCGACAACAUCCAGGGCAUCACCAAGCCGGCCAUCCGCCGCCUUGCUCGCCGUGGCGGCGUGAAGCGCAUCUCCGGGCUCAUCUAUGAGGAGACCCGUGGCGUGCUCAAGAUCUUCCUCGAGAACGUCAUCCGCGACGCCGUCACCUACACCGAGCACGCGCGCCGCAAGACCGUCACCGCCAUGGACGUCGUCUACGCGCUCAAGCGACAGGGACGCACCCUCUACGGCUUUGGCGGCUAG